GGUCAACGAGACCAAAUUGGAGUUUUGUCUUUUUUCAGCUGCAAUUUUACAAAAACGUGAACUGUCCGGUGACAAAUGUUUGUUUUUUUCAGUACAAGUGGCAAGAAGGGUAAACCCGCAAGCGCCUGCGUUAGCAGACAUUUGGAGAGUGUCUAGUGGAUGAAAGAAGAAAGAGAAUCGCGGAUGUUUUUUCCAGAUCAAAUGGAUGUUAAUGGAAUUUAUUUUUGGAAGUUAACAUAUUUUACUAACAGAAAAUGAGAUGAAACCUAACAAUAACUUAUGAAUAAUACGCAAACUGUAACAACGUUGAUCAUUCCCAAAUCGACAUUGUUUUUCUUAAUAUGUUAUUUUUCAUUGACCUGCAAACCAAACGGAAACUCAAUCAUUUUCUUAUAGAAAUGCAUUUAUUUAUAAUAUUUUUAGUUGAAAAGCUGCAGGUUUGGCCAAUAUUUUUCUGUGCGUGAGUUAUGGCCGUGCUCCCUCCUGUUGGUGUCUGACCGAGAUCAUUAGAUGGGAGACGGAGAGAUCUAACCGGUGCUGCGCUGGGACAUAAAGAGGGGCAGGGGAACGAGUGGAGAUCCGUUUUUCGGUGUGGUCGGAGGUCCCUGUUGCGUGAUGACGGGGCUCGGGAUUUGGUUUGCGUUUGUCCGGUUUGUGCUGCUCCCGUUGCUCGCACCAUUCACCUUGCUGUUGUGCGUUCUGAUUCCAGUGUGUCUCUCCCACCCGCAGCCUUGUCAAAUCCUCAAUCGGAUUGGGCACACGGUGCGCGUGGGGGCCCUGCAACUGCAGCCGCGGCUCUUCAGCCACGUUUCCACCUUCAGAGGCGGUAAAGAAGCCCCUGUCCCGGUUGAUGAAUGGGAUAUACACGGCGGCACGAGGGAAGCAGUGGAAAGACAGUUGGAAAAUAUUAACAAAAGUGUCAAUGAACACGAUUUACGCAGCCUAGGGACUAGGGCGUCGAUAAACAGCCAACACAAGGACAGGGGGGGUAAAAGUAAGAACACGUACAAACAGAACGAGAGUGAGAGAAGUGUGUUCAUGCCGAGGGACUCGAUCCUAUUAGCCACGGAGACGUUGAAUCGCAUGGCCGGUCUGUUACCCUAUAACCUCUCACUGGAGGUAGUGAUGGCUGUGGACGCGGGGCUCGGGGAAUUACCCACGUUCUCCUCCUCUACCCCGGUCUGUGAAGACCCCAUGUCGUUUCUGCAGAGUGUUUGUCAUACUGUUAUAGUCCAAGGAGUGUCUGCUAUGAUGGCUUUCCCUCAGACCAGGGACGACCUGGUGAAGUUGGAAUUCAUCGCGUCAACGCUUCAGAUUCCUGUCAUCAGUGUUGUCCGGAACAUAUUCAAACGGCAGAGUAAGAACCCUCUCCAUUUCCAGAUGCCAAUGCAGAACCCGGCCCUGCCCCAGGUGGAGCUGCUCUACUCCCUGCUGGUGAUCAACAGCUGGUAUGACGUCAGCCUCCUGCUCUGUCAGGAGUGGAACAUUUCUAGCUUCCUUGUUCGUCUCCGUAACAACACCAAGUUCCACCUGGGUUCUGUGGUCAACAUCACCACCUACACCACCUCCUCUGGAUCUCACCCCAACAGCUCUGUCUCCAAGGCUGACUUCCAGACCUCUCUACGGGGAUACCUGGAGUCCAUCAAGGAGUCAACGUCUACAGUCGUAACGUUCGGCUGCGACAUCCGGGACAUCAAGAGGAUCUUUAACGUGGUGACCAAGCUGGGCCUGAUGCUGCCAGAGUACCACUGGGUGUUGGGGGACACGCAGGACGUGGAGGAGCUGAGGACCGAGGGGCUGCCGGCGGGACUGCUGGCCCAUGGCAGGAUGGGGACUCCCUCCCUGGAUCACUACAUACAGGAUGGGCUGGAGCUGGUGGCCCGGGUGGUGGGGUCAGCUGCGUACCGCUCCCCUGAGCUCGCCCUCAUCCCCUCCAUCACCAACUGCAUGGAUACACAGAGCAGCCAGACCAGGAACAUGACCUCAGGGAAAUAUUUGUCCAGAUGGACUAACAAACAGGCAUCCUAUCAGGGCGGGGACUGGAGGUACCUGUCGCGGCUCCAUCUGCGGGUGGUCACCCUGGUGGAGCACCCCUUCGUCUUCACCCGGGAGGUGGAUGAGGACGGUCUCUGUCCCGCUGGUCAGCUCUGCCUGAACCCCCUCACCAACAACACAGCCCUGCUCCAGUCUCUCUUCCUCCAGAUGCGGGGGCCUAACGACAGCAUUCCCAUGAAGUAUAAGAAGUGUUGCUACGGCUACUGCGUCGAUCUACUGGAGAAACUGGCGGAGGACAUGGGGUUUGAUUUCGACCUGUAUAUUGUAGGCGACGGCAAGUACGGUGGGUUUAAGAACGGACGCUGGACAGGGCUGGUGGGGGAUCUUCUCAGCGGAGCGGCCCACCUGGCCGUCACAUCUUUCAGUAUCAACUCGGCCCGGAGCAGGGUUAUAGACUUCACCUCCCCGUUCUUCUCCACCUCUCUGGGCAUCCUGGUACGGACCCGGGAUACGGCCGCGCCCAUCGGGGCAUUCAUGUGGCCCCUGCACUGGUCCAUGUGGCUGGGGAUAUUCGUCUCGCUACACGUUACUGCCGUGUUCCUGACCAUCUACGAGUGGAACAGCCCGUUUGGGAUGACGCCGCGAGGCAGGAACAGAGAUAAGGUGUUCUCCUUCUCCUCGGCUCUGAACGUCUGCUAUGCCAUCCUGUUUGGCCGUACAGCUGCCAUUAAACCUCCUAAGUGCUGGACGGGGCGGUUCCUCAUGAAUCUCUGGGCUAUCUUCUGCCUGUUCUGUCUGUCCACCUACACAGCCAAUCUGGCCGCCGUCAUGGUGGGGGAGAAAACAUUCCAGCAACUCUCAGGAAUACACGAUCCAAAGCUUCAUCACCCAUCACAGGGGUUCCGCUUCGCCACGGUCCGGGAGAGCAGUGCCGAGGAUUACCUGAAGAAAAGCUUUCCAGAGAUGCACGAAUACAUGAGACGGUACAAUGUACCAGCAACCCCAGAUGGAAUAGAACAUCUGAAGCAUGAUCCACAGCAACUGGAUGCUUUCAUCAUGGACAAGGCCUUACUAGACCACGAGGUGUCUAUAGAUGCAGAAUGCAAGACACUCACUGUGGGGAAACCAUUUGCAAUUGAAGGUUACGGCAUCGGCCUGCUGUGUUUCCUGUCUGUUCCCAGUUUUGCUGUGUUUUCUGACUGUUCCCAGCUGGUGAGCCAGUACAAGUCUGACGGCUUCAUAGACAUGCUACAUGAUAAGUGGUACAAGGUGGUGCCCUGUGGGAAACGGAGCUUCGCAGUCACAGAGACCCUACAGAUGGGCAUUAAGCAUUUCUCAGGCCUGUUUUUGAUGCUGUGUGUCGGGCUGGGUCUGUCUCUCCUCACCACCCUGGCUGAACACAUAAUCUACCGCUUUGUCAUACCCAGGGUCAAGGAGCCCAAGUUCAAGUACUGGCUGCAUACUAGUCAGAGGUUACAUCGAGCAAUGAACUCAUCUUUCAAUGACGAUAAACUGCAGACUGUAGCCAAGCCAGGAGAAAGCCAGGAGAAAGGUAAUGAAGCAAUGAACUCAUCUUUCAAUGACGAUAAACUGCAGACUGUAGCCAAGCCAGGAGAAAGGUGCAUCAUGGGUAACAACCAACAACAACUGCAGCCAUGUGUACCAUGGAACAGCUCCAACUGCAACAGGAGGAAGAUCCCACCUCCUCAGGAGUCCCUGCUAAAUGUUCUGGAGUCUCCCCCAUGUGAUUUCUCUCCUCCUCCUCCUCCCUCAGCCCUUCCACCUCCUUCCUCUCCUCCUUCUCCUCAGGUGAAGAGCCUGGUCCCCCGGCCGUCAACAUCUAACGGGAGGACAGACCAGGUGGGUCUGCAGGCCAGGACCAACCCCAUGCUGCAGGAGCUGUCAGAGCUGGAGACACACAUCACCAUCAUCAAACAACAGCUGCACAUCGCCAUGAUGAAGAAGAGGGAGCUGGAGCAACCAGGAGAAACACAUGACAGAGUAGAGACUGGUACCAGCAGAAACACAACAUGACAGAGUAGAGACUGGUACCACGAGAAACACAACAUGACAGAGUAGAGACUGAUACCAGGAGAAACACAUGACAGAGUAGAGACUGGUACCAGCAGAAACACAUGACAGAGUAGAGACUGGUACCAGGAGAAACACAACAUGACAGAGUAGAGACUGGUACCAGCAGAAACACAACAUGACAGAGUAGAGACUGGCACCAGCAGAAACACAACAUGACAGAGUAGAGACUGAUACCAGCAGAAACACAACAUGACAGAGUAGAGACUGGUACCAGCAGAAACACAACAUGACAGAGUAGAGACUGGUACCAGCAGAAACACAACAUGACAGAGUAGAGACUGAUACCACGAGAAACACAACAUGACAGAGUAGAGACUGAUACCAGGAGAAACACA